AUGAGUUUUUCAAAUAUCACAGAGCUGCUCGCGAGCGUCGUCGUCGUCGUCGUCGUCGUCGUCGCCGCCGCCGCUUCUGCAGAAGUAGCAAAUCGCCAUCAAACGUCAACAGUUGAGCACGUGGAACAAGUCGAAGCACUGGCGGCCGCCACAACCGCCACAGAGUUGGCCGCCUCUGUGGAUGACCGAGCAGCUGCUGUUAGGCCCUCGUACGCCGUCACAAUUGCGAUAAGUGAUACGGAAGGCAGACAAACAGAACUGCGGGAGAGGAUACAGUCAUGCAACGACGUAGGUACUGAACAGCCGUCUUGGGACUCGCAGCGGCACGAAGUGCCCCAAGAAUCUACCAAGUCACCGACGGAAGUCGAUAAACAACUCGACCUCCCGAGAGACGCGCAGGGCGAACGAGCUGAAAGGCUGUCGCGUGAUGGCGACGCUGGUGUCCGUAACCCAGUCGUACACCACCCGGAAAUGCAAGGAGGCCAAACUCCGGAACCCCAACCGACAGAUGCGGAGGUGAAGGAGCCCCCAACUGAGGCUCUUAGAGAAAUUAACGCGAGGAACUCUGAGACAACGACAGAACCGCUCUCACCACUGUCUUCUUCCACCGAACCACCAGAACAUUCGCCUGACUUGUCUCCUACGGGAUCCCUGCGGAGGAGGAAGAAGUCAAAAAAGCGUCGUUUGGCACACCAAGCGGCAGAGUCCUUGGCCCCAGCUCUCAGGGAAAAGCUAAAAUAUCUACAGAACAAGGAUAAGAAGGCAGAAGAUCUGGAGCCACCAGGGACUACUGGGCACCCAGACAGAAAGGAAAGGCAAGAAGACCCGGGGGUGAACAUCGCCCAUCGCAAACUGGGAUCACGACCAAAGUUCCAGGAGGUGGUUCAUUGCCAGGUCAACACGCACCAGCAGCACCAGUCAAUUGGGCGGACGAUGACGCAGAACAGCGUGUCGAUAACAUGGACGGUGACCCAAGUCAAGAAGAAGACCUAUUUUAUUAAUAGAGUUGGCAAGAUCGCCUUGCGGCUAAACGAGGGACUGAUGACGACAGACAGAUUGCAUAUGAAAACGCCCGUAGUGGCAGUAACGCCGGCGGAGACUAGUGCGCCUGCUGUGGCCAGUGAUGUUGUCACUGCAGAACAGAUGGUGGUAGUUCUUCCUACCCCAUCCCCACCGGCAGAUGACGCUAAGUCCCCCCGGCGUCGUCAUAGGCGCAAGAAGGCGACCCAAGAACAGCAGGCGGAGGAGGACGGCGUCAUGCGUCCCCCUCCUGAGAGCAGCAGUGAGACUGAAUCUCAGGCCUCAUCAAGACCCUCGCGGUUGUCGUCGUCGGCGGCGGCGGCGGCGGCGGCGCCGCCGCCGCUUUGGGAGGCACCAAUCACAGACAUCGACCGCCCUAGUGAUAGUGAAAUAUUGCCCCCGAAGCCUGGUUUGCCUGUUGCCGACUUUCCACCCUUUCCUUCAAAACCGGUUACAGAUACGCCUGCUUCCAAAUCUGACGUGCAGCUGCUGAGCCACAAACGGCGAAGAACGUGUGAUGAUGAUAGUCCGGACGAGGAUCUCCAGGAAUUAGAACACGACGUCCCAAAAGAGAUGCCGGUUACGGUUACUGACUCAAGUUUUUCUGAACCGUCGCACGCAGCUGUCGAUGCUGCGGCUAUUGACGUCAUUCCGAGUGACGUACAGGCAGCUUUGGCACCACAACAGCCGAGCACGCCGCCUGAAGUCGCGACGUCACCACAGGCCGAAUCACAACAAGCGCGUGCUCCCGAUAAGCAUAACGAGGAAGGCAGUACUUGUGUACAAACUGAAGGAAGUCAACGUCCGUCUGCAAACAAACACGAAGUUCGUGAUAGUGACAACAAACAAACUUGUCCUAAGGAGGAAAUUGAGUGCCGGCCACCUUCUGAGUCAGUUCUUUCUGCACAUCAGUUGGCUGAGGCGUCACAUCACGUUAUGGAUAGCGAAGUCACUCAGGACCCACCCACACCUCCGUCUGCCGAUGUGUUCCCUAGCAGAGCACGUAGUAGGACCAAAUUUCAACCGAACGUCAACGCAGUACGGAAGAAAAACAAACCCAACGACACCCAAGUGACUGUUCGUGAUCCUCCUGACAAUGCAGCCCAUUCCGAGGUUUCUAUGACAUUGUAA